AGAACAAAAUCAAACAGGAAGUCACUAAAUGCGUAAACUGAUGCGAACAGGCUGUGUUGUGUUUUGUUGGUAAAGUUUUUUGUUCUUUCGCUGAUAAUCGUUCGAUCCAACUUGAAAAUUCAAAAUGGGGAAGCGGCAGCACCAAAAAGACAAAAUGUACAUCACUUGUACAGAGUACACACACUUUUAUGGAGGGAAGCGACCAGAGAUCCCUAAGUCAAACUUCCGACGGCUUCCAUUUGAUCACUGCAGCUUGUCCCUUCAACCGUUUGAGUAUCCGGUCUGCACUGAGGAGGGAGUCGUCUUUGACCUGCUGAGCAUCGUCCCGUGGAUUAAGAAGUAUGGGACCAACCCCGCCUCUGGAGAGAAACUGGAAGCAAAGUCCCUCAUCAAGCUCAACUUUGUCAAGAACAACGAUGGAAAGUAUCACUGCCCAGUUCUGUACAACGUCUUCACAAAUAAUUCCCACAUUGUUACCAACAAGGUCACAGGCAACGUGUUUUCUUAUGAGGCUGUUGAGGAACUCAACAUCAAGACCAAAAGUUUCAAAGAUCUGCUGACUGAUGAGCCCUUCGCCAGAAAGGACAUCAUAACACUUCAGGACCCCACAAACCUGGAUAAAUUCAAUGUUUCCAACUUCUUCCAUGUAAAGAACAACCUGAAAGUGUUGGAUCCAGAUGAGGAAAAGGCCAAACAGGACCCAGCGUACCACCUGAAGAGUACCAAUCUGGAGACCAGGGAGACAUUAGCUGAACUGUACAAAGAUUACAAGGGGGAUCAGCUCCUAGCUUCCACCAUGAAGGAACCAGUGGCCAAGAAGACAGACAAAUUAAACGCUGCCCACUACUCGACAGGCAGAGUAUCUGCCUCCUUCACAUCCACAGCGAUGACUCCUGCCACAACACACGAAGCAGAUGCCAUUGCGGAUGACACUGUGCGAUACCAGUAUGUGAAGAAAAAAGGCUACGUCCGUCUUACCACGAAUAAGGGAGUCCUGAAUGUGGAACUGCACUGUGAUAAGGUUCCCAAAGCUGGAGAGAAUUUCAUCCGUCUGUGCAAAAAAGGCUACUAUGACGGGACGGCGUUUCACAGAUCCAUCCGAAACUUCAUGAUUCAAGGAGGGGACCCCACUGGCACCGGUACAGGAGGGGAAUCCUUCUGGGGAAAGCCUUUCAAGGACGAGUUUCGGCCCAACCUGUCCCACACAGGCCGCGGGGUUCUCAGCAUGGCAAACUCUGGUCCAAACACCAACAAAUCCCAGUUCUUCAUCACAUUCAGGUCGUGCACCUACCUCGACAGGAAGCACUCAGUGUUUGGAAGGAUUGUGGGUGGAUUUGAGACACUCACAGCCAUGGAGAAUGUGGAGAGUGAUCCCAAAUCAGACAAGCCGAAGUCGGAGAUCAAGAUCAUAAGUACGGAUGUGUUUGUGGACCCGUAUGAAGAGGCGGACGCUCAGAUCGCAGCAGAGAGAGAGAAGGAGCUGCAGAAGCAAGAGGAGGAGAAGCAGCUGACCAAUGUCGCUGUGAAGAAAGAGGACGAGGCACCCAAGACCUUCAAGGCCGGUGUGGGGAAAUAUAUCAACCCUGCCACAACAAAACGUCCAGCUGCUGAAGAUGAAAGCAAGCCUUCUACCAGCGGAGUAACGGCUAAGAAGUCCAAAGGCAAGUCCACCUUCGGAGACUUCAGCUCCUGGUAGCAACAACACAUUCAGCAGUCACCAGUCUGUGUUUUUACCGGCAAACAUAUAUUGUAUUAAUUCUUGUCUUUAUUGUAUCUUAGAUGUUUUGUCAUCCUGUGAAACGAUUAAUUAAAUUUUUUUCUUCUAAAAAAAGGGGCUUUUUUUUGUACUUCAAAUAAACUUUGACUUUGAAUUGAA